AUGUCGGACAGUCGGGCCCAGACUGGUGUCCGGAGCCUGCUGGCCCGAUUUGAGAACAAUAACAAUAACCACUCAUCAACUUCUCCCCCUUCGAGAGGCCGCUCACCAAUCGAUCAUGACCGCCCCGGCUCCGUCCGCCCUCUCUCUAAGGUUCGAGCAAGCUUCGUGGCCGUCGAACGUGCUGGUCAACCUGGAAGUCCUCCUAUGUGGGGGUUGAGAAAGGCAACGGAUCUGGACAACAAUAAUACCAAUAACAACAAUAGCAGCACCAAUAAUUCCCCUGGGAAGCUGACCAGAACCAUGUCUAGUGGCGUUGAUGAUGUGGGUAGCCCCAUAGAGAGGUCCGUUACUAUGUCUUCAGGUGAUAGUGCGGAUAAGGCUGCUAUGAUGGGCAGGUCGUUGGCUUCCUCGCCGCCAGAUAAUAAUAUGAAUAACAAUGCCAACAACAACAGCAAUGGCGGACUUCUGAGUAGUGGGAAUGUCAAUAGACCUUGGGCUGCAACAUUACCGUCUCGACUUGUGGAUUCCCCUACACCCGGCAAACAAUCUACCUCGCGAGACGUUUUGACGUCCACUACUACGACAGAAGCGAAGGAAUUAGGCAAACCCGAAUCAAAGGGUGAUUUUUUGCAAAAAGAUUCUCCCCGGGCAAAGGAAGGAACACCAAUUACCACUGCUCGUAUGAACGGAAAAUCGUCAGAUAAAACUGCGCCCAAGAACUCCAAGGCAUCUACAAAUUCGUCACGUCCCGCGAAACUUGUUGUCGGGAAUGCAGCCAACAACACUAUGUCUAAGAAUUCUUCAAUAAAGAAUAUGAAAUCGCCUCUCCCUCGAACCCCCAGGACACCAACAACUACCAUAUCUAAUCCCGGUCCCAAAACCACACCCAAGGAGACAGACAGAUCUAGAGCACCUGCGACAAGACAGCCCACUCGGACUGCGGCAGACAAACCUGUAGGAAAACCCAAGUCAUCAGUACCCUCCCGGGACAAGAUGAAAAAGUCAUCUUCCGAAAAUCUUCCCGGAAAUAACAGAUCCCGCACAAGGUCUCCAACAAAGCCAAUCCGCCUCCCAAAUUCAAUGAUAGCACCAACCGCGUCUUCUGCAGCGAAAACAAAUCUGGAUGGCCGCCCAGCAAGCCAAGCGGGCACACGCACAUCAACCCUCACCCGCAGACCCUCGAGUUUGAGAAGUGAUCGAAAUACCACUUCGUCAAGAUCAACUGGUCCAGCAGCAUCUGCCACACAAAAAAGGCCCGCCAGAGCAUCCUCCCUUGCUCCCCAGCAGAAUACGGCCUAUGACAGACCCCGGUCACGCGUCAGCAAUGUUGGAGCUACCCGGCCCCCUGAUGACUCGUUUUUAGCAAGAAUGAUGCGUCCCACUGCAAGCUCCGCAAGCAAGAUGCAUGAGAAGGUUGAAAUCAAAAGCCCACCUCGGGGUUCUGGUCCACCAAAAGUUCGGAGGAAGAGUGGGGAAAGUGCAAGCAGUAAUGUUAGCGCGACUGCGAGAACUCCGCCGUCCUCGAAGAAGAACAGUGUUGCCAACUCUGCGCGCACAGUGUCGUCAAAUGGGCAUGUAGAACCCCGCAAGGAGCAGGAGCCGGAUGGUGCUCAGGCUCAGGCUCAGGCUCGGAGUGAGAUCACGGCUGCCUCUGCUGCUGAGGUCGAGAUUGCUAUUCAGGAACCCCAACCUGGGCCAACUUUGGAACCGGAACGGGAACCUGAACCUGAACGGGAACCUGAACCCGAACCCGAACCUGAGUCAGAGCCAGAGCCAACAGUUGAUGAACCAGAACCGGCUGCAACCGAGCCCAUCCCUGAGCCCGAACCCCAGCCCGAACCCACCGUUUCCGAACCAUCUAUAGCCCCCGAGCCUGUUGUCUCUGAAGCCUCACCCGUACCGGAAUCUGAGCCCCGACCUGUUGUUUCUGAACCAACUGGCCCCGAACCUGCUGCAGCUGAACCCGCUGAUGAUUCCUUGCUAGAGAUUGCAGAAGUAUCCGUUGUCGAAGAGGAUCCCGCCAAAGUUCCGUUGCCCGAACCUACUGAGAAAGUCGAGCUAUGA